AUCAGUUAGUUCUCGAACUUUAAUAAACAAACAGUUUUAAACCAAAUAAAAAAUACUUUAGUAAUCAUGAAGUUAUUCAUUGUUGCCGCUCUCUGCAUUGCAUCAGCAAUUGCCAGCCCAGUUUAUGCUCCAUUGCCAGCAUACCAUGCCGCUCCAGUUUAUGCUCACGCUCCAGUCCACAAAGUUGUAGUCCCAGAACCAGUUGCAUACCCAAAAUACUCAUUCAACUAUGGAAUUAAGGACCCACAUACUGGAGAUAUCAAGUCACAAGCCGAAGAACGCGACGGAGAUGUCGUUAAGGGACAAUACUCACUUGUCGAACCUGAUGGUUCAGUCAGAACUGUUGACUACACCGCUGAUGACCACAAUGGUUUCAAUGCCGUCGUCCACAAGACAGCUCCAGUUGUUGCCCACCCAGUUCCAGUCGUUAAGCAAUACGCACCAGUUGCCUACGCUCACGCUCCACUCGUCCACGCUCACCACUAUUAA